AAUUGGAAAUAGGUUAAUUUUAAAAUUUUAAUCAGCUCUGUUGGAUCAAGUAUCUUCUGUAAUAUUUCUGCGAGGUUUUUAGUGAUAACUAGGGUUAUCGAUGCCUGAUGUAUCAUUCUGCAGUCGGAAACACGUUCGUUUUGAUGUAAAGUGGUUUAAAGUGAUGCCCGUCGGCUUAUUUGUGGAGGAAAAUUGCCCGGAAACCGUUCUGGUCGAAGUUCGUUCUCCUUUCUUUCGAAGAGAUGAAAUAUUCGUUGGUAUUUAAUUAAUCUGUGACAAAUUUGUAAUUGAAUUGCCCCGAGGAUGGCAAACACGACCCCGGGUGACAAAACGGUCAACAAAGUCGCCCUGUGCUCUGCGAUUUUCGCGGGGUUCGCUUAUGUCGGCUAUUCGGUCGUCAGGACGGCCUUUUGCCGGAAAAUCGGAAGGAGAGAAGGAGAAGUGUAUCAAGAUGAACACAGGCUGUACUUUAGGAGGCUUUCUCAGACAACACAGACUGAUGUGCUACUUGGCAACUUAGAUCUUUCAGGAUCGGGGAAAGUAAUAUUGCGACCAAUGACUGUGCAGGAUAGAAUACGAGAGCUUAAUUUACAAGCUCGAAUGUUUACCGAUACAGUUUUAGCGAUACAAAGCACAACAAACAAUUCGCCUAGGCAUUUUUCUGGUCAUAGGAGUUUACAGUGUUCUCCAUGGAGUUCACCUAGAAUUUUGUCUCCUGUAGACAUGCGCCAUAUAUUAACGAGUCGCUCCACCGAAAAUUUGUCAAACCUAACUGUUGGAAGGACGGGAGAAUUGACGCUAAUGUCUCCGGUGAGGAAAAGAUGUACACGUCGUUCAAUGAGAAGGCGAGCUCAGUCUAGAAGUCCUGAUACUCAUUGCGAACCUGGUCAUCGAGAUGAGAAGGUUAUGAAUGAAAAAGAGCAGCAGCUGAAACUUCAUCUUGAUAAUAUUUCACAUGGGCAAAGAGAAAUACCAAGGCAUGAUGCUAAAAGUCUAGUAAUUCUACUGCAGAGUAAUGACAGUGCUCUUCUGGAGAGAACUCUUACUACUAUUAGCAAUGGUGCCACUAUAGCAGCUAAUCAUGUUACAUUAAGGGAGGUGGGAUGCUUGAUUAGAGUCCAACGGCUGCUCACUCAUCAUAAACCAUCUGUUCAACUUGCAGCAAUUACUGCUCUGGGAAAUCUGGCCUUGAACAAAGAUAAUCAAAAGGAGUUGAAAGAAGCUAUUCCAAUCCUUUCGGCUAUUUUAUUGAAUCAGCCACAAGAAAAAAUCCAAUUACAGACAUUAAUAACUUUAACCAAUAUCACCGUACUUGAGGAUUGGCAUGAGGAAUGUUGUCCGAUUUUGCAUCAUCUAUAUAACUUAGUUGAUAACGGUGCAUUUCUAAUAAAGUUACAGGCGCUUAAAGUGUUAGUAAAUUUGACUUGUAACAGUGAGAUGAUACCCAGUUUAUUGGCAGCACAUGCUCCUCGUAAAUUGUUGCAUUUACUUGACAUAUCAACUAAUGAAGAAUUGUUACUAAGAGUAGUAACGCUUCUUGCAAAUUUAGCAAAUGGUGUUGUUCAACUUCACAUUGAUCCAAUAUAUGAUUUACCUUUAGAAGACAAGGCCCCAUCACCAGAUACAAUGUAUGCAGCUAUAUACGGGAUUAACGUACAAGACAAGAUAUGUAACAAGGCAUUUACCAUAAUGAACAACCACCCUAACGAAGAUAUAAGGAUAAAGGCGAGAAAACUUGUUGAUGCGUUGAAGCCAUGAAAUGUUACAUUGAUUUACAAGAAAUUCAAUAGAACUUUAACAACAAA